AUGGCCGCACACCCGUCGUCCUCGCCCCCGGCCGGCGCAGGCAACGGCGCUCCGAUCAACGACAUCCCCAAGACCUGGAACUUCACUUCAAAACUGCCCGCAGACAAGGUCUUUCCGACCCCGGCCGACUCCCACAAGACACCACGCGAAGAUAUCGGCCCCCGACAGGUCCGCGAUGCCAUUUUCACCUGGGUCCGGCCCCAGCCUGUCGAGUCCCCAGAGCUCCUCGCAGUGAGCCCCGCCGCCAUGCGUGAUCUGGGCAUCCGUCGUGGCGACGAGGAGACCGAGGACUUUGUGCAGACCGUUGCGGGCAACAAGAUCCAGGGUUGGGAUGAAGAGACGCAGACCGGCGGCUAUCCCUGGGCACAGUGCUAUGGCGGCUUUCAGUUUGGUUCAUGGGCGGGGCAGCUUGGCGAUGGUCGUGCCAUCUCCUUGUUCGAAACAACAAGACCGGCAACGAUAGCGUCCAACAACGGGGCACCUGAAGAUACCGACAACGACCAGCCUUCCCUCCGAGCCCCCCCUGCCGCACCUGUCCGAUACGAGCUUCAGCUCAAAGGCGCCGGGUUGACGCCGUACAGCCGCUUCGCGGACGGCAAGGCGGUCCUGCGCAGCAGCAUCCGCGAAUUCGUCGUCAGCGAGUACCUCCAUGCCCUUGGCAUCCCAUCAACACGGGCGCUCAGCUUGACGCUGCUGCCGAAGGUCAAGGUGCGUCGUGAGGCCCUCGAGCCUGGCGCAAUCGUGGCGCGCUUUGCGCAAUCCUGGCUGAGGAUCGGCAACUUUGACAUCCUCCGUGCGCGCGGCGAUCGCGAUCUGAUCCGCAAGCUCGCGACAUAUCUCGCCGAGGAUGUUCUGGGUGGGUGGGAGACACUACCCAGUCGUCUGACGGAUCCUGAGAAGGCUACAGACACUGCCAACACGGUCGAAAGGGGUGUCCCGAAGGAUGCCGUUGAAGGUCCGGAGGGGGUGGAGGAGAACAGAUUUGCACGGCUAUAUCGGGAAGUUGCGCGGCGCAAUGCUGUGACUGUGGCCAAGUGGCAGGCUUACGGGUUCAUGAAUGGCGUUCUCAAUACGGACAAUACGUCACUGUUUGGCCUCAGCAUCGACUUUGGGCCGUUCGCGUUUAUGGACAAUUUCGACCCGCAGUACACACCAAAUCACGACGACUACCAGCUGCGGUACAGCUACAAGAACCAACCGACCAUCAUUUGGUGGAACCUCGUGCGUCUGGGCGAGUCUCUGGGCGAACUUCUUGGGGCUGGACCCCGCAUCGACGAGGAGGGUUUUGUCAAGGACGGCGUCAAAGAGGAAGAAGCUGAGGGCAUUAUCAAGCGCGCAGAGAAGAUCAUCAUGCAGACUGGGGAGGAGUACAAGGCCGUGUUUCUCGCUGAGUACAAGAAAACCAUGUCUGCUAGGCUGGGCCUGCAGACGUCUGCGGAGUCGGACUUUGACGAGCUCUUCAGCGAGCUGUUGGACAGCAUGGAGGCUCUGGAGCUAGACUUCAACCUCUUCUUCCGCCGGCUGAGCGGCAUCAAGACCAGCGAGCUCGAUACGGAGGAUGGCAGGCAAAGCAAGGCCGAUGUGUUCUUCUAUGAAGAUGGGGUCACGGGCAUUGGUGGCAACGCAGAGGCGCGCAAACGGAUUGGGGCCUGGCUGGACAAGUGGCGGCAAAGGAUUGUCGAGGACUGGGGCUCUGGAGAAGACGCCGAGCAGAAAAGGCAGGCGGCGAUGAAGAAAGUGAACCCAAACUUUGUUCCACGAGGUUACAUCCUGGACGAGGUGAUCCGGCGGGUGGAAAAGGAAGACGAGCGGGAGGUGCUGGAGCGUGUCAUGACGAUGGCGCUGCACCCCUUCGAGGAGUCGUGGGCUGGCAGGACGUUUGACGGGCAGGAGAGGCCGUACGAAGGGGACGAGGCUGAGGAGACGAGGUGGGUUGGCGACCCGCCGCGACAGGCACGGGCGAUGCAGUGCAGCUGCAGUUCAUAG